GCACGUUCAGUCAGUUACUAAGAGAGAGCCCGGUGACUGAGAGGUGGCCGCUGCUACGCGUCUUGGCCGCCCAGCAGCUUGUGAAGUUCCAGCCUCAUGGCGGAGAUAAUUCAGGAACGCAUAGAAGAUCGAAUCCCGGAGUUGGAACAGCUGGAGCGCAUCGGGCUCUUCAGCCACGCGGAAAUUAAGGCUAUCAUCAAAAAGGCGUCUGAUCUAGAAUACAAAAUACAGCGGAGAACCCUUAUCAAGGAAGACUUUAUCAAUUAUGUCCAAUAUGAAAUUAAUCUUUUGGAGCUGAUCCAGAGAAGAAGAGCAAGAAUUAAAUAUUCAUUUAAGAAGGAUGAGAUUGAAUAUUCUAUUGUACAUCGAGUACAAGGUGUCUUUGGUCGUGCUUCAGCAAAGUGGAAAGAUGAUGUUCAACUUUGGCUGUCCUAUAUAGUUUUUUGUAAGAAAUGGGGUACCAAAGCUCAACUUAGCAAGAUAUUCUCGGCCAUGCUUGCCAUUCAUUCAAACAAACCAGCUUUGUGGAUUAUGGCAGCCAAAUGGGAAAUGGAAGAUCGCUUGUCUUCAGAAAGUGCCAGACAGUUAUUUCUUCGGGCUCUACGAUUUCAUCCUGAGUGUCCAAAACUCUAUCAAGAAUACUUUAGGAUGGAGCUGAUGCAUGCUGAGAAACUGAGAAAGGAAAAGGAGGAAUUUGAAAAAGCUGCCAUGGAUACGGGGAGUUUUGAUCAUCCUGAAGAAAUCCUUAAGGGCGAGUUGGCACGGAUCAUUUACAAAAAUUCUGUAAGAAAGAUUAAAGGUGCAGAAUUUCAUGUGUCACUUCUUUCAAUUGCACAACUAUUUGAUUUUGCCAAAGAUCUACAAAAAGAAAUUUAUGAUGACCUUCAAGCUCUGCACACCGAUGACCCACUCACUUGGGAUUAUGUGGCACGGCGAGAAUUAGAGAUCGAGACCCAGCCAGGUGAAGAGCAGCCUGUCUCAAAGCAAGCCAAAGCCGUGGAAGUAGGCCGAAGGGAGGAAAGGUGCUGUGCGGUGUACGAAGAGGCAGUGAAGACUCUGCCUACAGAGGCCAUGUGGAAGUGUUACAUCAACUUUUGCUUGGAAAGGCUUUCUAAGAAGACCAGUAGCGUUCCCCUCAGAGGACAGAGGCUGGAAAGAACCAUGCUUGCAUUCAGGAAGGCCCACGAACUGAAGCUCCUUUCUGAAGCCCAGUACAAGCAGUGGGUUGACUUGUUGCUGAGCCAGGACCUCUUUAAAGAAGCUUUACAGGUGGCAGAAGCUGGGACUGACUUGUUCAAGGACUCUGUAACAAUGUGGCAGAUGAAGCUACAGGUGCUCAUUGGGUCAAAGAGCCCCGAUGUAGCUAUGCAUUUUGAAGAAGCCUUUGCACACCUCAAACCCCAGGCUUGUCUGCCCUUGUGGGUCUCUUGGGCCGAAUGGAGUGAAAGUGCUAAAAGCCAGGAGGACACUGACGCCGUCUUUAAGAGAGCUAUUUUAGCUGUCACAGGAGCCAGUUCAAUAACUCUGAAGGAGAAAUAUCUGGAUUGGGCUUAUCGAAGUGGUGGCUACAAAAAGGCCAGAACAGUGUUUAAAAGUUUGCAGGAAAGCCGCCCAUUUUCAGUUGAUUUUUUCAGGAAAAUGAUACAGUUUGAAAAGGAGCAGGACCCCUGCAAGAUGGCAAACCUGCGGGAAUAUUAUGAGAGGGCACUGAGAGAGUUCGGCUCUUCUGAUUCUGAUCUUUGGAUGGAUUACAUCAAAGAAGAAUUGAGCCACCCCUUCGGUAGACCUGAGAACUGUGGACAGAUCUAUUGGCGAGCCAUGAAAAUGUUACAGGGACAGUCAGCAGAGCUGUUCGUAGCUAAACAUGCCAUGCAUCAGGCUGGCCACUAGCGAAGAGUACGGCCAAUUCGGUGAAAUUGUAUUGCAAGCCCCUGGGGUGGUUUGUAAUAUGAGUCAAUGUAUGAAUUGUUGAGAAGUGGCAGGCAGGGUAGCUGAUUGAUUUUGUAACAUACUUUAAUUUGGCAUUACUCUUUGGUUCCAGAGAAGAGAACUGUUACUGCCUGUUAAAUCUAAAAUACAUGGAGAUCAUA